AUUUUCUUCUUAUGUUCGAGGUCAGUCGAUGUCAACAAACCCACAUCUGGUGACGCCCAUAAAUUCGCUACCAUAAAUAUAACAAUUUCACACGUUUUUAAGCACAUUAACGCGUACUAUUUUUUUAAGUUUAAAAUAAGUUGUAAUAUAUUAUGACGUAACAUUUUGUCCAGACCGCAAGAAGUGUUUGACCAGUUUGAUUCUUUGAAUCAUUCAGAUAACAGUUAAGGUGUGUUUAAGGUGUGUGUAAACCAUAAGGUGUGAUCGAAUUGAUUCCGGUUAUAUGGUCCGGCAAUGAUAGGAUCACAACAAUUAAUUAAUUCUUAAUAUGCGGAAAGUAAAAGUAUAAUUUGUGUUAAAUCAAUUUAAAAUCGUUUUGCUUUGACUAGAUCUAUAAUUGACUUAAAUCCCAAAUAUGUAUCAGAUCAACGAAGAUCAACCUGUAACUGAAAUAAACAAAAAUAAUCAACCUAUGGUUCAUAAUAUCGAAAAUUUGAGUGAAAUUCGAAGUCAUCAUCAACUAGAACAAACUCAUUCUAAUUCGUUUGAAAAUGAUCAAAUCAACCAAACAUUCAACAUCUCCGACUUAUUCCAACCACUCGCUGUGAAUACCAAUCUAAAAAACCUCACUCAAACUCACAUUUUAUCUAACAAAAUCAAGGGAGGUGGUUCAAAUGAUCCACCAAAUACAUCAAAUUCGUUUCAGUACCCAUUAAAUACGAUCCAAAGUCCCAUCCAAUCAAUUCAAUCUAAUCUUACCCAAUCAAAUUCGCUGCAAAAUCCAUUAAACUCACUUCAAAUGGUUUCACCAACGCCGUUAUUAAUGCCUCUAAUACCUAAUCAAGUUCCGCUACUUCAAAAUCAAGAUCUUUUAACGAUUUACAAUGUCCAAAAUAUGCAAACUGAAGACACCUUCCAUCAGAAUUUGCAAAGAGCAUUUUUACAAUCGGCCAUGGCCCAAAAUAUUCAAAUUCAACAGCAACUAUUGGCUCAAAACCAAGCUUUACAACAACUAUUGCAUCGACAACAGCAAAACAAAGAAGAAUUUAAAGAAUCAAAAAGUGAGCAAAGAGAAGAAAUUAAUGAUAAAAGCUCUAAGGUUACAAGGAAUACAAGUCAUGUUGGUAAGAGUCUGGAAACGUUCGAAAUCGAUACCAGAACUCAUUUUAAAGAACACGAAUUAACUAGUCAAAGUCAUUUUAAACGGUCAUCAUUCAGUUUUGAUGAAUCAAAAGAUAUUAAAGAUGCCAAAAUGUUGAGUCUUGAAGGUGGUUUAGUGCCGAUUCCUCCUCCAAUGCCAAACUUUCUUAUUCACGAUACCGAUGACAUCGAGAAGCGUCCGUUUAUGGAUCCUUAUGGAAGGGCUAAAACUGUGAGAAUUGGUAAAUGGCGUUGGCCUCCGCCUAAGGAUGAGGGAAACUCGAAUCAUCAUCAUCCGGGUGGAGAAGAUUAUAUGCAGUUCAAAAUGAGGCAGCAGGUUCAAAGGAAAAUAACACCAGGAAAAGAAAAUAUUCGUUCAGAUGCAAUGGUGACUUCCCAAAGUUCUAUCGAUUGGGAUGAAAUCGACUUUGAAACGAACGUUUCAACUUCUACAACUCAAUCGAAAUCAAUACAACCAGGUAUCUCUGUGGAAAAAAAUCAAUCAAAAUCUAGUAACAAACGUAGUUUCGAUGUUGGAGCAAGUAGACCCAGUCCAGGAAGCAUUGGAAAAUUAAAAUUAAGUUCCGAGAUGCGUCAAAGACUAGAAAAAGUCACUUUUAACCAUUCGGUUCGAUCAAAAAACGAUGAAAAACCUUCAAGAACGGUAAAUAAACUUGAAGAUACCCGAAAAUUAAUGUUGGAACGUCAAUUAGGAGGAAAAUUCGAGCAAGACUCCCAAAUAUUUGACGAUUUUGAUCCAGAAAAUGAUUCGAAAAGUGGAUUUAGUGAAAUUAAGAUGAAUGUCAAUUCAAAAAUUGACAAAAACGAACAGUCUCAUCAAAAUUAUCCGAUUUUCUCUGCAAAUUCACAAUCUAGUUUUAAAAUUUCACCUCCUCCACCUCCAAUCGGCCCAAAUUCACGAAGCAUGAGUACUUUUCUACCUCCAGCGCCACAAAUUCCGGCACCUCCACCACCAAUACGACCACAACAUACUCAAUUUAAUGAAAUAAAUGACUUAAAUGAGCAAUUCCAAUCCAAACCUAGCAAAGAUACGGCGUCUAAUGAAUCUUAUAAGGAAGGUCUUACUAAAGAGAAAGAUCAAAAAGGGAUUGAAAAACACCAAAGUACUGCGAAUAUGUCCCACGGAGGUUUAAUGCGCAAUUCAGUUAGUUCAGUUUGGGAUUUGGAAGAAAAACGAAGUAUUGAAGGUGGUUUAAAUGAGUUUGAUCAGUUAGACGACGAAGAAAUAUGGCGAAAUGAAGAAGAUGAAAGAUGGGAAAAGAGACAUCCUACGUUCAGAGAUCAUCAAUUCAGCAGAAAAAAAUCAUCUGUUUCAACAUUACAUACCGAAAAAGAUGUAAUUGGUGAGAGCGGUCAGAACUGGGACACAACGCCAGACUUUUUAUUACCAACUCCACCAGAUUCACCUAAAGCCACAAAACCUAUCUAUAAUGCUACAAAAUCUAAUAUUUUAAAUCUAAAUCAAACACCAUUUUUAACCUACAAUCGAGUCUCGUGGGUUCUGAGAUUAAGGAAAGAAGUGUUUCGUCCGUUGGAAACUUUAGGCGCCCCAUCAACGAUUCAUUUAAUUUACUGCCAAGUGGUUUUAGAUGUUUUCGGUACAACUAGUUGCCCAAGGUUGAACCAAAAUGAAAAGAAAAGUGGAAAAACUGUUCUAGUAAAUUUUGGAAUCGAUUUAAAUAAUUUUUUAACAUCGUUUGGGUUAAACAUUAAGCGAAAUAUCGUGGAAAUGGCUCGCAAUUGGCCGCUGUACUUUGCCCGUUUAUUCAAAGUAUCUGGUGCAGCACAGCUGUCUGAAGUUGAAAUUUUGGCUGUCUCUCACUGGGGGUUGCAUUUAGUGAAAAAGCAAGCCAACUCACUUCAAGUCAUGAAAAGCUAUCCGUUAAACGAAGUUCAAAAUUGCAGUUCGCCUCGACCAACCACUUUAACCUUAGAGUUCAAUUCUAGUGUUAAAUCAAAUAAUAUUAAUGGUAACAAAAUCACAUUAUGGACGGUUAGAGCUCAACAAAUAAACGAAAUGGUCAACAAAUUCUGUGGAGAAUAUAAAAAGUUACAAUCAAAGUUUUCUCCGCCAAUAAAAACCCAACCUUCGCCACCAUCUGAAAGAUUGGAGUCAAUAACAAUUUUAGCAGAAGAUUCUUUAGUACAAGAAACUAAAGUCGGAUCAAAGAAAAGAGAUGUAACACCUCCACCGCCAUCUACUGGCAGAUUUUCGUUACUUCAAUUUGCCGAGAAACAUUUUAGAAACUGUUCCGAUCAAGAUCUUAAAGGCGAUCAUAAUCAGUUGAAACACAAAGAAAACUUGUUGAAAUCGCCGCAAAAAGUGACAAAAAAGUAUCAAAUGGAUCUGGUAAGGUACCAAGCAACGCCGUUGGAGAAUUCUCUGUUGAAAUUUGAAGAUCCAGAACUGAACACUUUAGCCGUAGAAUGUUUUGAAUGCAUUUUGAGAUAUUGUGGAGAUUUGCCUUUAACGCAAGAUUUAAGUGAGGUUAAAUGCGUCUACACUGUUUUAAUGCAUUGUCAUAAACACUCGGACUUAAGAGAUGAAAUAUACUGCCAGCUGAUUAAGCAGACGACAUUAACCUCAUUUCCAAAUCAAAGCCAAGUUAAUAAUGAAUCAUUUCAACGCGCUUGGAGAUUACUAUCAAUAUUAGCAGCUUAUUUCACGUGUUCCGAAUCUUUACUGCCGUACUUAGUGGAUCACUUAACAUCAUUUACGUCGGAUAAACACAGAAAUUUCCACGGAACUGCUUCCGUUUGCCUUCUAAAUCUUCGGAAAACCCAAAAAUUCGGCGGUCGAAAAAACGUGCCGUCAAUAGAAGAAGUUACCGCUGUUAGCGCCGGUAGAAACUUUCGAAGGCAAAUAUAUAGACUUCCAGGAGGUGGAGAGAGAGUUGUAAAUACGAAAAACAGCACUGUUGUUCAGGAUGUAAUCGACGAAUUAUGCGAAUUAAUUGGAAUUGGAUAUGAAAUUCAACAUAACGAUCUGAAAUCCGACCAGAAAGGGUUCACAAAUUAUAGAAGUGAAAUGAGAAAUAUCAGAAACGAAAAGGAAGAAUUUAGUUUAUAUUGCAUCGUCCAGGGAGAUUCCUUUACUAUGCCUUUAUCAUUUGAUGAAUAUAUCUUAGAUGUCACCACUGAAUUGCAAAAAACUAAUCAAGUUUUUUAUCUUAUUUUUUGUAGAUCUAUUUGGUUUUAUCCUCUAAAAUCCAAUCCAAAUCCGCUUUAUAUCGAGAUUUUAUUCAAUCAACUUGCUCCAGACUAUCUCGAAGGCUUGCUUCUAAUUCUACCAACCCAGCAAAACCAAAGUCAACAUUUAAGCCACCAGAAUUAUAUGCUUAAUCCAAAUGUAGUUAAUGACGUAGCAUUCAUAGCAGCUUUAUUACAUCGUUCUGCAGAUUUAAAAAGCGCGCCGAAUCUAAAAGAAGUAAAGUUUUUGCUUCCAAAACCGAUUUUAUCUUUAAAAGAACCAAAACCAAGUCAAUGGUUAAGUUUAGUACAGUCAUCUUGGUUGAAAAUAAGUUCAUUUAGCCCUAUAACUUCGAAACUAACAUUUUUAAAUGUUUUAAAAUCUUGGAAUUUGUUCGGAUCGUCGUUUUUUGCAGUUAAACUUAUGCAAAAUACUUCAAAUUCGUUGGAUUCUUUGAACAGAGAUUAUAUUUUAGCAUUAAAUCGUAAUGGCAUUCAUUUUCUGGAUUUAAUUACACAUGAAACGGUGAAAAGUUGGCCGUUCUCAGAAGUAAUAUCGACGAGAAAGGUUAAAUCGGAGGAAGGUGUGUUGUUUUUGGAUCUGAAAUGUGGGAAUUUAAUGCAACAGAGGGUCACCCGACUGCAAACAGAACAAGCGCACGAAAUAAGUCGGUUGAUUAGGGGAUAUAUUAAUUUGGAGCAGGUGGAAAAUGGAAAAGUUUGAUAUUAUGGUUAUAAAUAAAUUAAUUUAGGUUUAUGAAUAAAUAUACAAAUGUAAGUGUACAAUAAGAGUUGUUCUAAAAAUGUUGUAAAAAUUUCCAAAUUAUAAUACUUCAAAUAAAUUGAAACAUUAGUCAUUAUAGGAUGCUCCUGUUGUUAUUAAUUAUUGUAUCUAGUUUUUCAACUUAUUUUAGGAAUAGACUAAACUAGGCGCACCUUAUCACAUUACCAUAGGGUAUGAAAAAUUAAAUAUAGUUUGUUAAAAAAAAGCGCCAAGUUUAAAUGUUUCUAUAAUAUUUGAAAAAUCAAAAUAUUGUAUUCUAUUGUAAUUAGUAAUUUUUCUUUUAUUAUACCUUUAACUGAGGCUCCAGGCAUUAAUUAUUUGUAGUAACGCGUAUAGUGUUAUUUUUUAACACCUUAUUUGAAUGGUUUGUUAUGGGUUGGUAAUUACAGUCUGCAUCAAAACCCAUUUCGUGCCUGGAAACCGGAUCGUUUCAUUAUCCACAAAUGGAAAUAUGGGAAUAUAUCUCCGUGAUCACAGCAAUCUGUAGCAAAGUUGUAAUAUUGAAGCUAUGAUAAUAAUUCAUUGUUUAAAUGGUUUGGAAUUAUUUAAUAUAUUUAUGAAACGUUUAA